AUGUCUUCUCCUAACUUUACCGCGGCAGAUUUCGCGAAAUGGAAUCAGACUUCAUCUUGCUUUCGGAUUCCUAAGCGUCUGAUCGCAAAGGAUUCUGUUUCCCAAGUUAGGGUAGCACUUAUUCAGGCCAUUGGGUCAGCAAAGGUUUCUGCUGUUCAGGCGUUGCCUGAUAAUAAAUAUAGGCUGGAAUUUACUUCCCAGCAACAUAAAACCUUUUUUGAGAUUCAUGGUCUUGAUUUUCGUGGGGUUCAUAUCACCCCUACACCGGCAUAUGAACAAUUUAUUAGGGUCAUUGUUGAUCGUGCCCCCAUUCACAUGCCGGAUGCAUAUAUAACAUCCUCUUUAGAACCAUUUGGUCGGGUAGUUAGUGUACAACACCUCACCGUUCGGGGUUUCCCCAAAAUACGCACUGGCACCCGCAUGGUUUCUAUGUCCCUCCUCAAGCCUAUUCCACCGGAGCUCACUAUAGCCAACUUUAAGUGCUCAAUUAAAUACCGUGGGCAACCAAAGUUUUGUUUUGGCUGUCGCUCCUUUGGGCAUUUUGUUCGUCUGUGCCCGCAGUCGUUGCUUGGCACUCAGGCUAGGAGGACUAUGGCUGAAGUUGCGUCCACCAACAGCAAUCCUGACCCGCCGCAGGUGCCUGUUCAGCCUUCUUCUGUGACUGCCGCUGUUUCUGCUAGCAGUCCUGUUAACGUUGGGGCCACAACAUCGCGAGAUUAUGUCUCGCCUUCUUCUGCCCCACCUCGUCCUACUGUAGCCAUGGACGUCUCUUCUUCAGAGGAGUCGGUUCAUGUCACUGCAGCACCCUCUUCCACCUCCCAGGACACACCGAUUGGAUUGUCAAUCCAUUUAAGUGACUUUAAGGACUCUGUCGCUUUUAGUGGCGAUUUCUCUUAUUCUCGCCGUGUGUCCUCUUUUAAGCGUGUUGCAAAAACACGUAGCCCUGAUCGGGCCACUGCCAGGAAAGUAAUCCGUUCUCGUCGUCUUGACGAAUUUGCCAUCCGCCGCAACCAAGAUGGUGUCUCUGUUGUUGCUGCUACUUCAGUCUCGGUGGCUGUUGUCUCUACGCAACAACAACCUGUUGCUUCUCCUGCAGUUGUCACCUCCAACCGUUAUUCGGUUCUGGAGGAUGAGGCAGCUGAGCCGGCAGCAUUUGAGGAGCCUGUCCCUUCAACAGCUGCUCCUGUGGAAAGCCCUCUUGCUCAAGCCGCUUCUCCUUCUGUGGUCACGCCUACCAGACCUGUCACAAGUGACGCUCCGGCUGAUCUUGCGGCCCUGGGUGAAUCUGUCGUUGACCCGCUUGCCUCUCCUUUGUCUGCUCCUCGCACACCAUCCGCUGUAUUGCCUGUGGAGUCUUUACCUGAGGAGUCUUCGCCGGUGGCUGUCAUGCGCACCCCUCCGGCUGAUGUACCCCCAUCAGAUUCUGCGGCCAGUGAAUGUAGCAUUGGGGAGUUUUCUUCUCCACCAAGUGCAACUCGUGCACCGGCUUCUUGUGGAGCCAUUGUCCCAUAUGUACCAUCAAUGCCUGGUCCGGAUGCGUCUCUUGUUGCGCAUUUGCCAGCUGUUCCCGCCUCUCCUCUUUUGUCAUGUAGCCUGCCAUCUUUGCAGUUGGAUUCACCAAGUUGGUUUUCGUCCAAUUUGUCUGACGGCCAUCUUACGACGCCUUCUUUUAACCCUGGAUCGGUUAGAUCGCCGGCUUCAUCAGAGGAGUCUUUUUAUACUCUGUCCUUAGAGCCGUCAUUUCAGUCGGGGGGCAGUGAUCAUUAUUUUUCAGAUGGAGAUCCCUCUCCACCUGCGUUUACGGGUGUCUCAAUCGAGCAAUCCGGUGUAUUGGCUAUACAGGAUGCUGACCAGGCUCCUGGUAGUCCUUCCUUAACACAACAAAAUGUACAAUUUAAUUAG